AUGGUGCCCAAGUCGGUAGCAUUUGCAGAUAACCAGAGCAUCUAUGUGUUCGGGCUCUAUGAUGGCAACUUCAUGAAACUGAAGGAUGAAGAUGGCGACAUAGUGCAAGAAAUUAGCUGCAAAUCAGUGAUUGGUCAUGCUGUGGUGUACUCCAAGCAGGGCAUGUUUGUUGUUGAUAAUGCAACAGAUGGCUUUACAUUAUAUCGCCUUGAAGGUGAUGGUGAGCCUGUUCAAACGUUUGCAACUGGUUUGCCAAGUGUAUCAGUCCCGAAGCAAGUGGCAUUCGGGGAAGACAGCAAGGCACGCGAUCUCAAUGGCCGCUGCACAAUUGCCAGCACUUCGCCCAUGCUAGGGCGCGGGAAAACUACAAUCAAGAUAUGGGCAUAUGACUACACAGUGCCGAAGGUAUCCAAGGCACCCUCAGGGGAUUACUGGUCCCUGUCGCACAUACCGGUUAUGUUGACACAACUACUGGCACUGCUAUCUAUGAGCAUCUUCCUGCUGAUAAAUUAUAGAGACAGCUUUUUACAUGUCCAAGCUGCCAUGAUAUUUGACAAGUAUGUAGAUUUCCAGAAGGACGAUAAGGAAGGGCCAACCAAAGGAUACGUCAAAAAUGACAUUAUGAUGCUCCAGGAAUUAGUGGCAAAGAUCAUGGAGCUAGCUCAAGAAGUGGACGGAGCGAUUGACAAAGAUGACCAUAGGGACAAGCACAAUACUAAUUACCCAUGA